AUGAAUCAGGAAGCUUAGUACACAACAGAAUUUGGAGGAAUUUCAUCUUUGUUUAUUAUUGUUGUAGUAAUUUUAUUCUUCUUUUCUAACAUUUUGGACUUUUUUGCUAAGUCUCAAGUAUUUACAGAUGAUGAAACCUUAAUUUCAAAUGAUCCGUAAUUGCUUGAACUUAAUUCAGACAAUUAUAUGUUAGCUGUCUCCAUAGAGUAGACUAAUUAUUCUUAGAAUCCUUUCUUUAAUAUUUCAAUAGAGUAAAGGUAACUGGUUUAGUUAUUCAAGAUAAUAUGACAGAGAUGCAAAUGGAGAAUUAAAGAAGACGAUAACUUAUAUUUAACUUUAAGAAUGUAGAUUUGAUUAAUUUGAUAAAGUGUUCUCAAAACAAGGAAUUAAUUUCACGGAAUAAUUCAAUACUCUUGGAUUAAAAAAUUGGUUAUGCCCUAAGUAAUAAUCAAAAUUUCUACUUUAGAGAUGAUUUUAAGAUCCUGCUCAAAGGAACAUAUUCGAGCGAUUAAUUUUCAUUUAUCAAACUUGUUGUAAAAGAAUGCGAAAAUUCAAAUUCACAAAAUUAAGCCUGGAAUCCCAUCUGUGCUAACGAAUAAGUCAAACAGUAAUACCUGAAUAAAGAAGGAUAAUUUAAACUCUAACUUUACUAGAUUAAUACAAUAAUCAAUCUGAACAAACCUUAAAACUACUUAACACAAUUUUUAGAUAGCGACAUGUACUUUACUUUUGUUCCAAAAAAACUUUCUAGAUAAGCUAAUAUUUAUUUCAGAGAAUCUAAAAUUAUCAAUGAUAAUAGUCUUUUACCCUACAAGUAACAAUUAUAUAUAUCAUCAAGAGACUAUGCAGAAACAACAGCAAUUGUUAGGAAGAACGAAGAUUUUCGUGACUUAACAGAAUUAGGAAGAGAUACAGAUGAUCAAUACGCUAUUGUAUAUAUGAGAAGAAGCUAAUUCACUCAAAUAGUCUAUAGGAAGUUUCUAAAAUUAGGAGAAUUGUUAUCAUAUCUUGGAGGAGUAGUAUAGAUAAUGAGAUUGUUAUUUGGUAUCGUUAUAGUGUUUUGCAAUCGAUAAUUAAGUAUUAUAUUCAUCUUAGUUAGUGUUAAUUGAACUGUCUAAUAAACUGUAUGAUUUUAAAGAAAUCAAGCAAAAAAGAGCUGAACAACUCUCUCCUCCCUAAAUCACAGGGAGUAUACCAUAAGAUACUGCAAGGUCUAAAUAUAUUGAAGAUUAAUUGAAUUCUCCAGACCCAGAUGUUAUCUUAGAUGUUAGGAAUGACGUAUCCUUGUGUCCAAGUACAACUAAUAUCAAAAAUGCUAUCGAUAAGAUCUUAGAUGAAUCUAAUCCUAUCAGAUUUUCAUUUAAAUUGUUUCUAAACAAACUUACAUGUGGCUUCAUGUUCAAAGAUAGGAAUGCCAUACUUCUAGAGAAAGCGAUCGAUAGAAUGAAUUAGGAUUUAGAUCUACAUAGUAUCUUAUAUAGAAUUCAAGAAAUAAGCAAAAUUAAGAAAUUACUGUUCAAUGAAUAGCAGAUGAUCUUAUUUAAUUUUACACCAAAACCGCAGAUAUCUUUAAAUAGCAAUAGUAGAGUUCCUUCUCGCUUGUUGAUACAUGAUUCCAAAAUCAGCAAUUUAAAGAGAUAAAAUAAUUUAGACAUCAAAGAAUAAGAUAAAAUUUCGUGUAUGCUUUUGAAUGUACUAUCUUUAAUUAUAAUAGGCUUAUGUUUUAGUUAAGGAUGAAAUCCCAGUUGAAUAAUAGAGCAAUUGCUCGUUGAAAAUCAACCAAAAGUUAAUUGAAUUGAUGAUUCAAGAAACGAAAGAUGCUGACGUUUCUUAUAAGCAUUUAACCUAGACUCCGAAAAAACCUUUCAUUUCCUUUAAGUUUUAGAUGAAUGACUAAUAGAAUGAUUAGGAAUAAAUAAAUGAAAACAAUAUAGACAAUCCAAUCAUUAAUGGAUAAUAAUGA